UCACCCUUCUCUCACCAACACCUCCCAUGGCGGAGUUCACACCAAAAAGCUCGUUCAACAAAGCGACAAUUGCCGGCGCACAAGCUGCUACAGUCGGCACACUCGUUAGCGCACUGCAAAAUGCGCUCGGCAACCAUUCGUACGGUGCAGCGGGUGUGUUGACACGGACAGGCGGUACAAUUGGUUUCUUCGCUGCCGUGGGUGCCACGUUUGCGUAUACGAGCGCCGCUGUUGCCAACCAACGGCAGACGGACGAUUCGUUGAACACCGCUGCUGGAGCCUGUGCUGCUGCAUUUCUUACCGGCAUGCGUGCGCGUUCUUUCCCCGUCGCAAUAGGCGGAUGCGCGUUCAUGGGUGCAUUCUUGGGAGCAUAUGACUAUGCUGGCAAAUUGGCAUCAACAGAAGGAGGUGCAAUAGAUCCUGAAAAGCGGCGGAAAUUCUUCAAGAACCCAGACUUGGUUGUAGAUUUACCCUCAAAGUAAUUCAUCAUCGACAAUGCAAUCAUACAAUCAACAAGACUAAUUAUCACCACACGGAUACCUACUCUCCGUCGUUGUUUCUCUCUGCAAGAAGCUCAUAACGCCGUUGUAUUUCAACAUGAUGCUGGCAAUGGAAAUCUGCCCACGAUGCCGCUGUUUGGCAUGUUACCUUUCCAAUAAUU